AUGCCUUCUUUCUCUAAGUCGGCUUUCCUAUUGGGAAGCAUUGCAACGACACUCGUUAAUGCGCAUCCAACCGUCAAACGUUUGCAACCAACAUGUUCGGAAAUUACAAUUCCUGUUACUAUCUCUGCAGAGAAUUAUCAGGCACCUGAUGCAUUGGUAUCUGCGCUCACCAAUAUCGGCACCGGCGUGGUGCUUGAAGAAUUACAAAAUGUCCUGAACAGUGUUGGCGACCUUGUCCAGGAUACCUUGUCCGUUGGCGGCACAUACAGCAUUUCUGGCCGUUUCUGUGAGCCCGAAGUCCAGGUCGCCGGAAGAGAGGAUACAAUUCAGCUUUUGGUCCAUGGGAUCACUGUGGACAAGAACUACUGGUCCGGUGGUGGUUACCCCACGGGAUUCGACGGCGAUGCCUAUUCUUGGAUUGCCUAUGCCUCGAAAUUGGGCUACCCAACACUUUCCAUUGAUCGUCUAGGUUAUGCCAACUCUUCCCACCCCGACCCGAUCCUCGAAGUCCAAGUUCCAACUCAAGUUGAGGUGCACCACAACAUCAUCAGUCAGCUUCGCAACGGUGGCAUUGGUGGUCGUAAAUUCAGCAAGAUCGCCUUUGUCGGCCAUUCUUUCGGCUCUGUUCUCGGAAACAGCCACUCAACAACGUAUCCCGACGACAUUGAUGCUUUAAUCCUUAGCGGUUACACGAAAUUCAUCAAGCCUACAUUGCCCGGUAUUGCUGUUACCCCUCUUGUCCUCCCAGCUUCGUUGGUUUCAGACCGUUUCAGCGAUCUCGCACUUGGUUACUUUGCCAUGAGCAACGAAGAUGGACGUAUUUCUUUGUUGUUCACCAAUGAUCAGAGCGAAUGGCCUGAGGAGAUGGUUGCUCUCGACAAGGAGACUUACCAGACAGUCACUGUAGGCGAGUUUAUCAGUGCCAUUUUCUCUACGAAUGUUGCCAACGACUACACCGGACCUGUUCAGGUGAUUACUGGCCACAAGGAUCAGGUCUUCUGCGGAAUUUCUCUUCCUGAGAUUACCGGAGAGACCAACUGCGGCGAGGGCGACCUGAACAUGAUUGCCCAAACUGCAACUCUUUACCCGAAGGCCAACUACUCUUUCGUCGAGAUCCCAGAUACUGGCCACGUCCUCAACCUCCACUACACUGCCAACCAGACUUUCAAAGCCGCGCAUGAUUGGCUUGCAGAAAUUGGCCUUUAA